GACAGCAGUCAACAACCUGUCUUUCCUCAGCCGGGUGGCAGCCAGCAGCCUGUCUUCCCUCAACCAGGUGGUGACAGCAGCCAGCAGCCCGUAUUUCCUCAGCCGGGUGAUGGCAGUAGUCAGCAGCCUAUCCCAACUCCCGCUGACCAACAGUAUGUGGCGGCGCCUAAAUGUCCAGAGGGCAAUGACAAAGUUUAUCCUGCACCGGAUGGUGGCUUCUUCAAACUUCAAUGCAGUACCCACGGCUGGUUCGGAACUCUGCAGACGACGACUGCAAACACCUAUCAGCAAUGUAUCGACACCUGCAGUGAAACGGAUGGAUGCCUCGCCAUCAACUGGGAUUCUGAGAAUGGCGCCAACUCUAAUUCCAAGACUUGUACUCUGAUGAAGUCGGACAAGGUUGGGAAUACCUCGUGUCCCAACCACGACUAUGCAUACGCAGUACCUCCACCUACUAUUCCCCAGACAACUGAACUGGUGCCUCAAUGCACAACCGAGUGUCCUGGGGCGGACCACCGCCAGUACACCAGUCCCAACGGAGAAGUCUUCAAGAUGAAUUGUGGUAAGCGCCAUGGCGCAGAGUACCUUACCACCCUGGACACUGGUUCCCUGAAAGAGUGCAUGGAUGCCUGCUCCGAACUGGUUCCCUGCCACAGUGUCGACUACCAUGCCCGUUCGAAGAAGUGCUACCUCUCCAACCAUCAAGGAGAGCCUAUCAUCGAUGCUCCGGGGUUCAACAGCGCGUACAGCAUUGGCUGUGCUGGAGCUUGCGAGGAUAAGUCCUGUGGUUGCAAGAAUGCGUGA